UCCAGAUCGUCAUCGAACUUGUGAGCUGCGACAUCCAUGACAUUCACAGACUGACAUACUUCGCACCACUUCAUUAGGAAGGUCAUCUCUCAGAAUCCCAGUCAAUUAACCAUCCUCAAUUGAAUAACACUUACUCACAUUACCUUACGCGAUGCCGACAACUGGCCCUCCGCCACCCCUGCCGGGAGAUCGGCCCCUGCCAUCUUCCUUUGACAAUGACGAAGACUUCUACAAUGAAAACGGCUUCCAAAAGAUCGCCCGAAAGCUCAAGCAAGAGCCGCUCGUGCCGCUGGGCUGCGUGCUGACGGUGGCGGCGUUCACCGGGGCGUACCGAGCGAUGAGGGCGGGCGACCACGGGCGAGUCAACCGCAUGUUCCGGUACCGAAUCGCCGCGCAGGGCUUCACCAUCCUCGCCAUGGUGGCCGGCGGCAUCUACUACAGCGACGACCGCCACAAGGAGCGCGAGAUGUGGAAGGCCAAGCGCGAGGCCGACGAGGAGGACAAGCGCCAGAGGUGGAUCAGGGAGCUCGAGGCCAGAGACGAGGAGGACAAGCUCGCAAAGGAGAUCAUGGACAAGAGGAGGCAGCGAGCCGCCGCCGCCGCCGCCAAGCGCGAGGGCAAGGCGGCCGUCGAGGACAAACCCGCAGACGGCGCUGCUGCUGCUGCUGCGCAGGAUGCCAAGUCGUCUUCUGGACUUAGCUGGUCCUCGGUGCCCGGUUGGUUUGGCGGGGACAAGACUGAUCCCAACUCGAAUGCGCAGCCAAACACAGGAGAUGCCGAAAAGCCGACGGAGAAAUGAACAGGAGUGUACCUACCCUCCCGUUUCUUGUGUAUACUACAGAUUUCGAAAGGCGUUUGUUUUGUUCUCUUUUUUGGGCUGGCAAAAAUCGGGGAUAUCUCUGACCUACGUGAGGGGGUUGAUCAGUCUCUGAUGGAUAGGGGGCUGAUACCAGUGUAAUAUGACGCUAUCUAGAUGUAUCAAUACUUUACGUGACUUUAUCAAA